CCCGCUGCUGGGAGGGCGCCGCGGCAGAUGCGGAGCCGCGCCGCAGGAGGCACCGCGCCCGCGGCGCCGCAUCCCCCGUCGCGGCACAGAACAGUUCUGAAGUAUCUGAGGAUGGAUAAAGACUUCCGCUACUACUUCCAGCACCCGUGGUCUCGCUUAGUUGUGGCUUACUUAGUGAUCUUCUUUAACUUCUUAAUAUUUGCUGAAGAUCCAGUGUCUCACAGUCAGACAGAAGCCAAUGUUAUUGUUGUUGGUAAUUGUUUCUCAUUUGUAACAAAUAAAUACCCUGAAGGGGGAGGCUGGAUAUUUCUGAAGGUGCUUCUGUGGCUGCUUGCCAUUCUCACAGGACUGAUAGCUGGGAAAUUUCUGUUCCAUCAGCGUCUGUUCGGUCAGUUGCUCCGUCUGAAAAUGUUUCGAGAGGACCAUGGAUCUUGGAUGACAAUGUUCUUCAGUACCAUCCUCUUCCUCUUCAUUUUUUCUCACAUUUAUAAUCUAUUCCUGAUUAUGGCAGGGAAUAUGAGUGCAUACAUUAUAACAGACUUCAUGGGCAUCAGGAAUGAAAAUUUUAUGAAGGUAGCUGCAGUGGGGACCUGGAUGGGAGAUUUUGUCACGGCAUGGAUGGUCACUGAUAUGAUGCUUCAGGACAAACCCUAUCCAGACUGGGGAAAGUCUGCCAGAGCUUUCUGGAAGAAAGGAAACAUUAGGAUCAUUCUAUUCUGGACGGUUCUAUUUACUCUGACCUCUGUAGUUGUGCUUGUCAUCACAACUGACUGGAUCAGCUGGGACAAGUUGAAUCGUGGAUUUCUGCCAAGUGAUGAGGUCUCAAGAGCCUUCUUGGCUUCUUUCAUCUUAGUGUUUGACCUCCUCAUUGUCAUGCAGGACUGGGAGUUUCCACAUUUUAUGGGUGAUGUUGAAGUGAAUCUCCCAGGUUUGCCAUCUGCACAUAUGCAGUUCAAAGUACCAUACUUCCAAAAGAUUUUCAAAGAAGAGUAUCACAUACAUAUAACAGGCAAAUGGUUUAACUAUGGAAUUAUCUUUCUGGUUUUAAUCUUGGAUCUAAAUAUGUGGAAGAACCAAAUAUUUUACAAACCUCAUGAAUAUGGUCAAUAUAUCGGUCCUGGACAGAAGAUCUACACAGUGAAGGACUCAGAAAGCUUGAAAGAUCUUAACAGAACUAAGUUAUCUUGGGAAUGGAGAUCCAAUAACACUAACCCAUUGACCAACAGGACUUAUGCCGAAGGAGACAUGUUCUUGCACAGCAGAUACACAGGCUCUAGCCUUGAUGUCAAAUGCCUAGCUUUUAUUCCAAGUUUGCUGGCUUUUGCAUUGUUUGGUUUCUUCAUUUGGUUCUUUGGCCGAUUUCAGAAAACUGAUCAAGGCAUGGAGAAUUUAGACAAAUCAUACACAAGAAUGAAAAGAAAGUCACCAUCAGAUACGGGAAUGACACGAGAAAAUACACAAGUGUUAGUAGAAGAACCGUUGAGUUUUCAAGAACCACAUCUAGUAUCCAUAAAAUCAGACUUAAGUGAAAUUGUUUUUAAUUCUUCUCUCCUAACUUCCGAAAACUUGAACGCACAAUUGAAUGAACAAGAUAGCCCUUUACAGCCAGUACCAGAGUCCUCUGUCCCUAAGAGUAAUCCUGUGACCUAGAGCCUAAUACCCAGGAAAAUCAGUUUAAGUGAGCAGUUACUAUAAGAAUUCAGUUUUACCUUUUGUAAGUUAAGAUUUAUGUAGUGGUUAGAAUAAGAAACUCAACCUAUACCACAAAGGUGCUCAGCAUGCUUUUUCUAGGGAUUUUGUUUUCUAUUUGUAUUAUAGUACAUGUGCCUACUGUAUAUCUAACAUUCCUUUAUAGAUUGCUUCCCAAAAUUGCACAAGCUAUUUAUUAAUACAUUACCUUAACUGUACAGUAGUAUAUUAGAUGAUUACUUGCAGGUAUAAAAUUCUACCGUGGUGGUGCCUUGAGACAUUAAACUGUUUUUUAACUGAA